AUGGCGGACGAUAUCUCAAGAGAAAAUCGUGACCGGAUAGAGGUCGAAGCUGAGAAGGAACGGACUGAAAAUGUCGAACACAUUGCCUCACCACAGAAUGGCGUGGCUCAGAUGGAUCCAGCUCGCCGGAUAGUCGUUGAGAAGGCGCUCAAGCGUAAGCUGGAUGCACGAUGCAGCCUUUUCGUGGCGAUUUACAUUAUGAACUACCUCGAUCGCAACAAUAUGGCAGCAGCUCGUCUCAAAGGCCUACAGGAAGAUCUCAGCCUGACCAACACUGAGUACUCCACAUGUCUGAGUAUCCUCUAUGUCGGGUACAUCAUCAUGCAGGUGCCUUCAAACAUGUUCAUUAAUCGCAUCUCACGGCCCUCACUCUAUAUCGCUAUUGCCAUGUUGCUGUGGGGUGUUAUCUCCACCUUGUCCGGUAACACCAAGAACUUUGGCGAUAUGGUGGCUGUCCGUUUCCUGCUGGGUUUCGUCGAGGCAGCCUUCCUGCCCGGUGCCCUGCUCAUCCUCUCCAAGUGGUACACUCGUCGGGAAUUGACUACCAGGAACGCUAUUCUGUUCUGCGGUAACCUCAUUUCCAAUGCAUUCUCUGCACUCGUUGGUGCUGGUGUUCUAUCCAACAUGCAAGGCGUCUUGGGUCAUGCGGCGUGGCGCUGGCUCUUCUGGAUCGAGGGCUCAGUGACUAUGUUCAUUGCCAUCCUGGCCGCUUUUGUCCUGCCCGAUCUGCCGCACAAUGCACGUGGCUUCACCGAGGAAGAGCGCCAAGUUGCCCAACUUCGCAUGCUCGAGGAUGUCGGCGAGGCUGACACCGAUGGCGAAGAGCUCGGUGCCUUCGGAGGACUUGUCCUUGCCCUACGCGACCCCAAGAUCUAUGUGAUGAUGUUUACUUUUGUUGCCUAUGUGGUCGGCCUCAGCUUCAAUGCUUUCUUCCCUACGCUCACUGGUACUCUCGGAUUCGAUUAUGUUCCGACUUUGCUGAUGAGCGCUCCUCCCUGGGUUUUCGCCUGUAUCUUCUCCGUCAUUAACGCAUGGCACGCGGAUAAAACACAAGAAAAGGUCUGGCACAUCAUCGGCCCGAUUGGCAUGGGAACUGUUGGUUUCAUUAUUUGCAUGGCCACUAGCAAUGUCGCAGCUCGCUACGUCGCAUUAUUCCUGCAGGCUGGUUCCUAUGCAGGAUUCAUUGUAUUCUACUCAUGGAUCAGUUCCUCAUUCCCACGUCCUCCUGCCAAGCGAGCCGUUGCCAUUGCCAUGAUCAACGCCUUCAGUCAGCUAGGAAAUGUCGCUGGUUCCUACGUCUGGGACCUGUCCGACAAUGGGUUCCGCUCCAGCUACGGAAUUGUGCUGGCCAUGUUCGGUGUCACUGUCGGCGGAUGCUGGUACUUCCGCUCGAUGCUGCUCGGCUUGAACCACAAGCUCGAGGAGAGUGAGCUUGCCGAUAAUGCUAGAGGGGGUUCGACUGAGAAUGAUAUCCUUGACAACCCAGAUGAGUCGUUGCGUAUGCGCAAGGGUUUCAGGUAUCUGGUUUAA